AUGCAAUGGAUAUACCUAGUCAUUGCGCUCCGCGGAGUAUUAGCAAAUGCUUUGUUUGCUACAGAAGAUAUCAGCAUUCAAGAUAAGGCCGAGAAGGCCAAGGUCUCUCUUUCAGCCAAGAGCAGUGAUUCGUACACCUUGAAUACACCAGAAGAGAAUCCCAAAAAGAGUAUGGGCGCUUCCAUUCUUGACUUCUUCCGGUCUUCGCCGGCCCCUGUUAGCGAGCAGAAGCCAAGCAGCACGUCUAAACCCAGCAAAACGCAUGCCAGUGCGAGCGCCCAUCCUAGUGCUAGUGCCGGCAAGUCAGUCAGUACCGGCACACACGCAAUCCAUACUGCUACUGUUCGCAAGAUAACUCAGGUCGCUACGGAGACCGUCAAGAGCAUGAAACCCGCAAAGACAACAUCUAUUGCAGCCCGGCCACGUAAGAGUGCAGACAUCUACACUAUUACUGUGACUGAGUACCGAUAUGUGACUGUCUACCAACCCAUUGUUGCUGCGCCCGAGCCAACCCACGCCGGCCUAUUUGCUGGCGACAAUAUCAACUCUAAGUCUAGCUCUAAGAAAUCCACUUCUUCUCGCAAGACCGUCAAGAUCCAGCCCAACAUAAAGGACACAUCUAUUACCAGUAACGCGUUCAAACAAGAAGAAGCAGCCAUAGCCAGUAACGAAAAGAUCCUCAAGGAAUUCAAGAAGAACCAAAAAGAUACCAAAAAGCGCAUCGAGAAGCUGCAAAAGGAACUUAGUGAGAUAGAAAAGAACAUUGCUGUAUCAACUGAACAGAUAAAGGGCAAGAAGGCCGCCAUUGACACCCGCCACCAGAUCUACAAGGAAGACACCACCAUAUUCAAGAAGAAGAAGUCAUCAGCCGAGAAAGAAAUCAACAGUACCUCUAAGAAUCUUAACAAAGUCGAAGGUGCGCUUGAACAGACUAAAGCAAAGAAGAAAUCCCUUGAGGCCGAACUGAAAGCCGAACAACAAAACAAAAAGCAACUCCAAAAGACCGCCAAGGACCUGAAGAAGAUGGUCAAGAAGGAAUUUAAAGAGGAGAAGAAGACUGUUGAGAAAGCCGAGAAGACUGUUGAGAAGGAAGAAAAAGCUUUAGAUAAGAAAGAGGUAAGUUUAGAUAAGGAGAAAGCCGGCCUAGAUAAGAGUGAGAAGAAGGAGAAGGAGAGAGAGAAGAAGGAUAAAGAGAGAGAGAAGAAGGAAAAGGAACAAGAGAAGAAGGAGAAAGAAAGGGAGAAGAAGGAAAAGAGCCGAGAAGAGUCUUUCAAGAAAGAGUCCACCCUGCUCCGCCCAUCAACUGCUCUGAUUGUGUCCCCUCAGCCGCCAGCAAACACACCUGCUAUGCCAAUGCCGCCCAAUGCUCUCAACCAACCACUGAAGAAAGAGAAGCUCUUUGCCCCAGUGACUACUCCCAAACCAGCAAACGGUAUGGGCUCCUCCAGCGAUUUAAUGAACCCGCUGGAUAGCCAGCAGAAGAACAUGUUCUCUAAUUUGGGAAUCCCUCCAUUCACUCAGAACUUCACCAACGGCCAUUUGGUGGUCAGUGGCACGCCAAUUAACAACGGCCCAGAUGCUCUCAAACGGACCCAAGACCAGUUCAAGGAUACCAUGCGCAAAGCCGUAGCUAAGGCCAAGCCGGGCGAGAAGCUCUUGGCAUUCUGGGGACACAUAACCUCCCUACUGGCAGGAAGUCAAUAA